CAGAGUAGGAUCAGUCGUGAGCCGUCAGUUUGCAAGUUUUGAUCAUCUUGAGACUCGCCUCGAGUUCCCAAUCGACAGCUGUCAUUUUUCAGCACCUAAGAUUUUACCGUUUUUGAUGGGUGUUAAAAAUAAAAAAUAAACGCGUAAUUGUUCAGGAGUUUGACGCGACCAAAAUUGUGACGUGCAUGAGCACUUUGAAUGAGCAAUUUUAUAAUAAAUUAAUAAAUCGUGCAAUCUUAGUCGAAGGUAAAAUAAAAUAGAAUUUUAUAAUGGAAUGGCUGGAAUUGACCGUUGCGAUUGUCGCUUCUUUGUUUGGAUUCUAUUAUUGGUCGACGUCAACUUUCAAUUUUUGGAAAUCUCGAAACGUAGCAGGACCGAAGCCUUUACCUUUGGUCGGCAAUUUGAAAGAUUUGUUUCUGGGAAAGGUGUCAUUUUCCAAGCUUGUACAGAGAAUUUACGAGCAGCAUCAUGGCGAUUCUGUGAUCGGAAUGUACAUGGGUCGUGAGCCAGUUUUGGUAUUGACUGAUCUUGACCUCAUAAAGGACGUUCUGAUAAAAGAUUUUGCGAAAUUUCCUGAUCGUGAUUCUAGACAAUCCGAUAAGAGGGAACCGCUGUCGCAAAAUUUGAUCAAGCUCGAGGCCGCGAGAUGGCGACCACUUCGUCAAAAAUUAUCGACUGCGUUCACAUCAGGAAAAUUGAAAAACAUGUUUUAUCUUAUGCUGGAAUGCGGCGAUCACUUGGAAGAAUAUUUGACAAAAUUCGGUGACACUAACGAUGCUGUGGAGUGCGGCGAAUUAGCCGCCAAAUAUACAACCGACGUUAUUGGCUCGUGUGUUUUCGGUAUUCGAACGAAUGCACUCGCUGAUGAAAACAGCGAAUUUCGUCGAAUGGGUCGAGACGUUUUCAAUCCCAAUUGGAAGAAUUUCCUACGAACGAGAGUACGCGAAUCGAUCCCAUGGCUCUACUCGAUCCUUGCACCCUUCAUCAGCGAUUCAACAGUCACAAACUUUUUUAUGAACAUCAUGAAGGAAACGAUCGACUUUCGAAAAAAACAUCGUAUCGUAAAACACGAUUUUAUCGACCUCAUUGUGGAACUACGAGAUCAUCCUAACGCACUUGACGAUAUCGAAUUAUCGGAUUCACUACUGACGGCUCAGCUGUGCGUAUUUUUUCUGGCUGGUUUCGAGACUUCGUCAACGACGAUGAGUCACGCCCUUUACGAGCUCGCUCAACACCAGCCUAUGCAGGAGCAACUGAGGGACGAAAUCAAUUGCGAAGUGGCCAAAAACGACGGUGAAUUAACCUUCGAAGUAAUUAAAUCGAUGAAGUAUCUCGACAUGGUUUUCAAAGAAACGCUCAGAAAAUAUCCACCAGCAACGACAAUAGUAAGAAGAUCGACUGGAUCGUACGAAUUUUCUGGCACGAGGCUCACCAUUCCCAAAGGGACUCGAAUACUCGUGCCGGUUUUUUCAAUUCAUCGGGAUUCACGCAUUCAUUCAAAACCGGAAGCAUUCGAUCCCGAAAGAUUCAAGGACGAAGCUGUCAACGCGAGGCAUCCUAUGAGCUGGUUGGCUUUUGGGAAUGGUCCGAGAAAUUGCAUUGGAGCUCGUUUUGCUGCCUAUCAAUCGAAAGUUGGAUUGAUCAAAAUUCUCCAGAAGCACAAAGUCGAAGUUUGUGAAAAAACACGAAUACCCUAUGCCAUGAAUACUCGAAGCUUCCUUCUGGCUCCGGCCGAUGGUAUUCACUUGAAAAUCAGUAAAAUCAUCUGAAUACGUAAUCUAACACUGCAGAGUAAUGAUGAAAAUUUUGGCUGCCUCAUGAACAGUUCUUAGCUCAUAUAAAAUAGAAGGAAAAACAAUAAUCGGUUCAUCGCUGUGGCAAUAAUUCGAGAUUUCGUAAAACAGUCAAAAUUCACAUUUUUCGGUUCAGUAAUCCGAAAAAAUUAUAUUCGCUUGGAACCUAACGAAAAACAGCAAUAGAAAAAAGUGAAUAAUCAUUACUAAAAAAUAAGAACUGAUGAAAACGUGGUGAAAAAUUCAAUUUGAAUGGCCCAAAUAUGAAUUAACAUCGAACGGGAAUAAGUAAACCAAAUAAUUACAAGCUAUGUAUUUUUCAUGAAAAAAAUUCAAUACUAAUUACCAAGGCUUUUAUGCACCUCGCAAAACAAUGAUAGAAAAUAAAUGUAUGCAAUUACUCGAA